AUUUGACAGACCCAAAUCAUUGCCACCCAACUAGAUAAUAUUGACAGACAGCGAUUUAAUAAAGAUGCAAUUCUGGCACAGUGCAUGGCAGUGGUCAGCACGUCUUGGCGCGCUUCUAGUCAAGCCAAACCUUCCUACUGGUAUAGCACUUGUAAAGCUCCUUUCCUACCUUCGCCGCAGUUCCCCGGACGCCAAGUUCACUUCUACCGUGCUCGGGUACUUGUAGUGUUUAGGAGCAGGGAGCAAAGACCUAAGCCUCCGUUCGCCGCCCAAUACCGGUACCAUAGGCUUCGCCUCAGGCCCUCGACAACAAUUGGCUCCUCAGAAACGCAUAUCGGUACAAUACGCCUCUGCGUACAGUUCAGCACAGCUGUGGCGGGUUUUUCCAUCAGUCUCGCCCCAGACUCUAGUCUCAACUGCAUUUUCUCGUCCACACUUUACACUACCCACAUCGUACUGCGUCUUCCUCUCCUCCCUGACAACACACGCUACCCCUUAUCUACCCUUACGCCCUCGAUCCCCUCCGUUCGCUUCUCUCGCGCGCUCACAUCCUCCCUCAUCCCGCAUCUCACAACUUAAAACGCUUCUAGUACCACAGCUAAUCUCGCCAUGAAUCGACAAGGCCCCGGACCUCAAAUGAGAUUGGCGGGCUUUCCCCAAGCUUCCUCUGCUGCUUCAAGGUCUAUCGGUGGGAUGCCAAACGGUAAAUUAGGUGGCAGCGGAUGGCAAGGUGGACCGCCCGGAGUACCCAACCCUCCAGGAAGUAGGCCAGGCUCAGGCUUAACAUUUUCGCAAAGUGGGCUCUCGAGCCCUCUGGAUAUGAACGAUUUUCCUGCCCUAGGGGGCCAACCCCAGAACCCGAACGUUCAACCAUGGAAUAGAUUAAGCACCCAGUCCCCUUCAGCGCAAAACCGACCACCUCAGCCGGAAGACAUUUUUGCCAAUAUGGAUGGAUACAGAAUGAGUGGUGUUGGUGGCGUUGGUGGUGUUGGAACGCAAGCACAGGCAAGGCAAGCAAUGCAACCGAAUAGCUUAGACGAUUUUCCUGCACUGCCUAGGACUCAAGGAAACGGUGAUGGCAUUGAAGAUCGAGGGUUUAUACCGUUAACCGGUCUGGGAGGUGCUACACAAUUUGGCGUGCGACAAGGAAGUCUCAGUGCCGGAAGAUCUGGGCUUGUAAUGGGCAGUGGUUCUCAGCCCAGCAGACUCUUAGACUCCGUUAUUCAACAAACCGGGAAUGUACAGAUCUCCGAUCUCGAGAAGAAGAAUCUGGUGAAGACAAAUCUUUCAUCAAUGGCUCAACACUCUUCGCCAGCGCCUGGCAUGCAGAAUCCUAUCGGUCAUUCCUUAGGAGCGCAGCAACAGGUUCAACAAUCUAAACUACCUUCUAGUCUAAGUAGUGUUGACUUCGGGAGCAAUCAGUCAAAUUCCAUGCAAACCUCGAGGAUGGGGGAAACCGAUCGCUUUGGUCUGGGCGGGCUUCUGAGCCUGAUACGAGGAGAAAGCGGUGAUUAUUCAAUGUUGGCAUUAGGACAGGAUCUGACACAACUGGGACUCGAUCUGAAUCAACCUGAAGCGCCUUUGUAUCCCUCUUUUGCGUCUCCUUGGGCUGAUGUUGAUUCCAAACCCGUUGAACCUGAAUAUCAUCUCCCCACUUGUUACACAGUUCAAAACGUGCAAUCGCUUGGCGCCAAGGUUUCGAGCUUCUCUGAUGAAACGUUGUUCUAUAUUUUCUACACAAUGCCAAGGGAUAUAAUGCAAGAAGUGGUCGCAGCAGAGCUGUCUUCGAGAAAUUGGAGAUACCAUACAGCGCUCAAACUAUGGUUAACCAAGGACAACGCCAGCGACAUUAGGCAGAUAUCCGAAAAUGCCGAGAAGGGGAUUUAUGUUUUCUUCGAUCCUAAUGCGUGGGAGAGAGUAAGGAAAGAGUACGUCCUCGAUUACACAUUUCUAGACCAUAGGGCAGCUCCGGGCAUCAUGGGUGGUUGAUACCGUGAAUGAUAAGCAGUUAGCCAUUGAUUCCACUCCAAAUAGGGGGGAGGGCAUCCUCAAAGUUUUUUACGGUGUUUUCGAUAUGCGGAUUUCUGAUUUCCUUUUCCCUUUUCGUUCAUUGCUCGGCGGGUCUAGCUCGGGUUUGGUGUAAUAUUUUCUACUCCUCAGGCUCUCGGAAAUGCAGCUCACCCUCUCUUUGCUCGGAAACACGCGAAACACGCAAAAAUAUAAUUCAGACACUGUCUUAGAUCUCGUUCUCAGUUGGUGUUUUAAAUCAAUUCUGAAGCUGCGCUUCCUCCUGUCGGGCUAGUUUAACGAACUUUCUGAGUCGGCAGCAGCCAAACUUCAUUUUUGCUGCUUU